AUGUCCGACGGAAGCGGCGUCGGUGCCGUUACCACGCCGCCUCCAUCGAAACGGGGAAGAAAGACUGGCGCAUAUGCUGACGCCGCUGAAGAAGAGGACGAGGACAGCAUUAACUCGUCCGGCAACAACAAGCCGAAUAAACGCGACGGUGGACGUGCCAAGGGUGUCUCACAAACCAACGGUUCAGCCUUGCCCGCGAGUAGGAAGAAGGAAGUAGAUUCUAAGGAUCAGAAUGAGAAGGGCACUAGUGGUGACGACGACGAUGUCGACGAAGACGAAGACGACGAAGAUGGGGACGAAUACGAAGUUCAACAAAUCAUCGACCAUAUGCUGGACGUUAUCCGCUACCUGUACCCCUUGAUGAUCAUCUUGCAACUAACACUCUCGUGGGUGGCUACGACCAGGGAAAAUGCGUCUGAAAUCCUAAGUGAAUAUAUUACGAAAAUCGGCGGCCGACCAAAACUAUUUGAGAAGCCUUCUAAGGGCAAGAAACGCGGACGGCAGCCCGCGAGCGCAAGUCCCACGACCGCUUCGAAACGGCCCAAAAAGAGCGAAGACCACCCAGCAGAUCGUGAAUCGCCUGCAGAAGUACAAAAGGUGUUCAAACCUCCAGCAGGUAGUUGGGAGGAUGAGGUAGUGGACGUGGAGAUGUUCCGGGGAGACGACGGCGAGCUGCGCGUGUUCUUGACAUGGCGGAACGGUAGUAAAUCGCAACACGCAGCACAGCACGCUUACAUCCUUCGUUUCUACGAAUCGCGUAUCAGCUUCAAGACACCAACGGAAUGA